CAGAACGAUGACCUUCCUGAGGGAUGCCAGGAUGGUAAUACCUGGCGCUGGGUGUUCAUACCAACUGUCGCACACUGGGCUGGUGGAGAAGUUGAGCCUUGGGGUCCUGAAGAUGAAGAUUUAAGGGACGCCAUGCAGGAGAUAUGGAACUACAUAUACCGGGGUAAGAUUCGGCACGAGAUCUCCAGAUCUGGUGCCGUUUUAAAAGUGGCCAAACAACGCCUUAUGGAAUGGCGUGGAGGGUUCAGUAUCGCAGCUUGCUCCAUCCUCACUGCAUUUUUUGCACAGGACACUGAUUUUUUGGAUCCUGCGGCUCGCGAGGACUUUUCAAGGGCCAUGCUGAAGCAUAACCGGUUCAUUUUCAGGGACAAUUCAGGACUCGUUCCCAAGGACUGGACGGGUAUGUGGAGAUCCCCCUUCGUACUUCAGACAUUCACAUCACACCUCAAUUUCACCUUCGGCCGUGUUGAAGUCCCCGACCUUGACACCGAGAGCAUUAGUGUGCGGGCUGCAUUUGCCCUCGCCGUUACUGCUGUAAGUCGUUUGAUUUCU